CAAUAUCGCGGGUGCCAGCUGAGGACAGUCGACCGAGGCAGAGCGCACAUCAGCGGAGGACACCUGAUCGGAACGCUUCGGUGAAAGCCCCGCCGAAGCUCUGCUCUCUCAGACGAUGGACUCCCCCUCAGACCUCUUCGAUGACGCCAAUCCGCAAGCCCACCCGUUCGCGGCCCCGCUCUUUUCCGCAGAAGCGUUCGGAGGGCGGCCCCCCCCGACCGCCUUCGGACCCCUCGGCUUUCCCUUCAUCCAGCGGCACCUGGCCCAAAACCCGCACCCGGCGGAGGAGAGGACCGCGGACCGAGGCGAGCGAGAAGCCCGGGAGGGGCCGGGGACCGACGACCAGGUCAAGAAGCAAGCGGGGGCCGUGUGGGGUCAGGACUUGGCCAGGGUGAAAAGGAGGAAGCUGGAGGAGGGGAGCGCCCGGCGGAGUGGCGAGCUGAGGAGGAGGAGGAGGGCCGAGCUGAAGGAGCAGCUGGAGGAGGCGAGGGAACGACUGCAGGCCCUGCAGGAGAAAGUGCUGAGGGCCUUCGGGGAGAGCAACGUGGAAGAAGGGGAGGAGAAAAGCAAAGACAAGGGGGGGGAGGUGGAGGACGAGGACAUGUUUGAGCGAGAGGAGGACCUCGGUCUGGAAGACGAGCCCCUCUCUCUCGCUGCCCCUUUUUAUGCCUUCAAAAGAAGAGGAGAGAAGCGACAAGACGCAGGGAGGACGGCGCCCGGAAGAGGGGACGGCGUCGUGGAGGGGCUUUGGUUGGACUGGGACGGAGGGAUGAAGGAUGAGGACGGGGAGGGGGGGGACAAGUUCGCCCAGGCCUUGAAGGUGGAGCUGGGAAGCGCCGUGGCCAGGGUCAUCGACCGCGUCCUGCGUCUGUACACCGAAACGCCCUGCGCGGAUGAGUUCGGAGGUCAGGGGGAGAGGCCCGGGGGGAACGACGAGGCGAGAGAGAGCCAACUCCAAACGGUGCCCCCCCGUGGCGCCCAGACCACAGAUUUGGCCUUGCCGUCGGCGGCCCAUAAGUCACCUGACCUCCCGAAGCCCCACCCCUUCCUCGGCCCGCCUCCGACGAGUCACCCAAACCCCUCCCUGCAUCUCCCCCGGCCUCCCCUCCUCUUAGCCCCGCCGUCCCAACCCAAGGACCCCCUGUCUGGCCAUCCGCCCUCAUCUUCCUCAUCCUCAAGCUCCUCCUCCUCCUCCUCCUCCUCCUACCCGGCGCCCCCCCUGGCCCUCCCGCUGCUCCACUACUCCAUGCAGCAGCUGUUGUCCCGCUCGCUCCACCAGCCCCAGAUGCCCCAUCUGCCGCCGGCGUCCCGCAAGGACUUCCUCAACUCGGACCCCUUCCUGGAGUUCCCCUCGCACCCCGCCUUCCCCCCGCUGCCCCUGCUCGGUCACCUGGGCCCCUCCCUGGUGCGCCACGCCCACGCCGGCAGGGAGCGGGAGAGGGGCGUGAGGGGGGCGCCGAUGCUGGACGGAGGAGAGCUUUACCUGAGCGCGGGGGGAGCCCAGGAAGGUUUGUCCCCUUGCCACCUGAAGAAAGCCAAACUCAUGUUCUUCUACGCUCGCUAUCCCAGCUCCAACACACUGAAGACCUACUUCCCCGACGUCAAGUUCAACCGCUGCGUGACCUCGCAGAUGAUUAAAUGGUUCAGCAACUUCCGAGAGUUCUUCUACAUCCAGAUGGAGCGAUUUGCGAGGCAGGCCGUCCGCGAGGCUCUCACCCGGGACGGUGCACCUCGCCUGGGCAGAGAGAGUCAGCUGCGAGUGGGCCGGGACACCGAACUCUACCGCAUACUCAACAUGCACUACAAUAAAAGUAACAUCUACCAGGUCCCGGAGAGGUUUAUCGAGGUGUCCGAGGUGGCCCUGAGGGAGUUCCACGCCGCCAUUUGGACGGGCAGGGACAGCGACCCCUGCUGGAAGAAAGGAAUUUACAAAAUCAUCUGCAAGCUGGACAGCGGCGUGCCAGAUGCCUUCAGACUGCCCGGUUGUCCGGUUGCCUAAUGAUAAUCAAUUUGUUUGAAUCAUAAUAAAUAAUAAUAAUCAUUUUUAAAAAACAUGCAGUGGAGCCUUGAGAUACGAUUGAGCUAUCUUGAAAGUUUGCGAAACGAGUCGUCGUCCAUUCAAAACCGACCGGCAAGCUUCGGCUUGGGAAAGUCCCCUAAUUGAACAAACAAUGCAAAAUGCCACAGAUGGGCGAACACGUAGGGCGUAACAACCCUGAAAGCGACAAAUAUUUGAACACAAACAGCCGGGCAACAUAUUUAUAGACAAAAUAUAUUACAAUACUCUUGAGCCACUGCGAAUCACAAUCACGGUAAAUUGACCACGAAGCACAAACUUUCAUUAUAUUCCAUCCAAUGAUGAUGUUACUGUUUUUAUAAAAGUGCAGUAUUACGAAUAUUGUAUAAUUGUUCAUUUUUUGGGGGAGAGGCUGCAACAGAUGAACAGAAUUUUUUCAUUUAAAUGUGUAAAGAUAACGCGUGACGGAAGAAAAUCAAUUUGUAUUUCAAGGCACGACCGCACGCCAUAUGAAAAUUCAUGCAUGUAUAAACGUGUUCCUUCAGACGUUCAACUUUUCAGACAUGACGUUAAACCUACAGUACUUCAUUCUGGUGUGUUUUUUAAGUUUUAUUUUUGUGAGGGGGGGGAUCUUUGUAUGUAUUGUAAGACAUUUAGGAAUAAUUGGGAUAACGUGAGGAAAUUUGUGACAUUUGUGAUAAAAAUGUACCACCAGUGGAACGAAAUACAAUAUUUAACGUGGUGUAAAAUCUUAAUCAGAACUCCCGAGUGGGUUCGGCCUGGAGCUGUUCGGUUUCUGUGAGACUUUUUGUGCGUGCGUGACGUAUCUUGAAGUGCGUGUUUGCAUAUUUUUUCCCCCUCCCCUCCCGCCUUUGGAACUGUAACCCGUCGCUUCCUCAUCCAAACAUCCAGUGAGUGUAUUUUUGAAAUCUGUGCCUCAUAUGAA